UCAAAAAAUGCCUUCUCCAAUCGUUCACAACGCUCAAAUUCGACACGGACCAUUAAAGCCUCCAAAUUUAAGUCGUAGUGCUACUGCUACAGAUACAAGUCUUGGUCAAGUAUUUCUCGAAUGUAUAGCUAGCCAUGCUGAUCCAUCCCUGGCAAAAUGGUUCUUUGGGGACAGAGAAAUAACUAACGAGACUGGAGUAUAUAAUUUUAGUCAGGAACAUCAAGAUGGUCAGAGAGACAAAUUCUCCUGUGAAAUUAAAGAUUUGGCCAAAUCAAUGACUGGAGUAUAUAAACUACAAUUAACAAGUUUUGAUGGGCGUCAAAACACAGCUGUUUUUAAUUUACCUUUGGUUGGCAUUGAAAAAUGCAAUUGGACAAAUGUGACAGCCUCGUUAACUAUGGAUCCAUUAGAAGUUCGUCAAAUACCCCCAACACCCCUUGUCCCUAUUAAAUGA